GGUUUAGAGAUGGGACAUGUUCAGAAGGGCUAUUUUGGGGCGGUUCGUUGCACGCGUUCUUAUGGUCGCACAGUGCUUAAUGUUUGGAGUAUGCAUACAUGAGGAAUACAGGUGCCACCUGCAUCCCUGUCUUCCUGCCCCUGACGGUGCCACCUGCAUCCCUGUCUUCCUGCCCCUGAAGGUGCCACCUGCAUCCCUGUCUUCCUGCCCCUGAAGGUGCCACCUGCAUCCCUGUCUUCCUGCCCCUGACGGUGCCACCUGCAUCCCUGUCUUCCUGCCCCUGACGGUGCCACCUGCAUCCCUGUCUUCCUGCCCCUGACGGUGCCACCUGCAUCCCUGUCUUCCUGCCCCUGACGGUGCCACCUGCAUCCCUGUCUUCCUGCCCCUGACGGUGCCACCUGCAUCCCUGUCUUCCUGCCCCUGACGGUGCCACCUGCAUCCCUGUCUUCCUGCCCCUGACGGUGCUUUACCUGUGUGUUUCGCUCCCCUGCGGCCAGCGUGCUCCAGUGGCCCCCUGUCCUUCCCUCCACAGCCCAGCUAUGGGACCCCUUGCUGUCUGAGGGUAUGGUGCUGAAAUAUGGAUCGAGACUCACGUACCCUAUAAACGGUAUUUUAGGGUUGGUGGGUGCAAUAAAGCUCGCCAGCUUGUAGUCCUAAAUGAGUUACUCUGAUUCGUUCAGCCAUUCCUAUGGGGAAAAUGUAUGGAGAAAGAAUUGGGUUUUUGGAUAAACACUUAAAAUAAGGUCUGAGGUUAACACAGGCUUAUACGAUCUCAGACGUUUAGGUCUAUGAUAUAAUAUCAGUCAGUAAACAUGACCUUUAUGAAUAUUGAAGACUAUAUUUUGUGUUUUUUUAUUAUUAUAUAAAUGCUUCAAAAUGGCAAACAUGCAUAAAGAUGGUGGAAUUAAGUUAUGACAUCAUUGUGUUAGCACUAUCCACAGUUUUGUUUUUUAAACUACGGAGCGCGAUAUGGUUCAAUGUGCCAACAAAUCAGCACAAUCUACUUUAAAAAAAAAUGUUUUAAUUGUUGCUGUCUUGGUGCUAGAAUUGGGAUCAUGUAUACUCUGCUUAUCACCAUACAGGAAAAGAGUAACGGAUAGCAAAGUACAAUACGGCGAACUGAGUAAAAGAAGGAAUUUGUGCUCUGUUUCUAUCGUUCUACCUUCCUCUACAGGUUUUCAUGCCCUGUGCAUCACAGCUGUGCUGUUGACAUUGCAACUAUGGCUAGGGAUGCCCCUGGGGUAUCUCUUUGAGCUGUUGUUGCCCCUGGCAGUGUGUGCUAUUGGGGUGUCAUUCCUCCUCUCCCCCUACCUCUACAUAUGCUCCUUCUGGGCCCCUCACCAUGCCCCCGCCCAGGGGGGAAACACAGGAAACCCUCUGUAUGACUUAUUUAUGGGACGAGAGCUGAACCCGCGGAUUGGAAGCUUCGAUCUGAAAUACUUUUGUGAGCUGAGACCAAGUCUGAUUGGCUGGGUGGUGAUUAACCUUGGGAUGCUGAUGAAAGAGGUGGAGCUACGGGACCCUGCCUCCCUGGCCAUGAUACUGGUCAACAGCUUCCAGCUGCUCUACGUGGCGGAUGCUCUGUGGAAUGAGGAGGCUGUACUAACCACCAUGGACAUAGUGCAUGAUGGCUUUGGGUUUAUGUUAGCCGUUGGGGACCUGGCCUGGGUUCCUUUCACAUACGGCAUGCAGGCUGCCUUCCUGGUGGUGCACCCACAGUCCCUCAGUCCUCUAGGAGCCACAGCUAUAGUGCCAUUGAAUGGUGUUGGGUAUUAUAUCUUCAGAAAAUCCAAUUCCCAGAAGAACCUAUUCAGACCCUAUGCAUCCCAGUGUGGCAUGUUGGUAUUCAAAUUGUUGAUUAGAGUUCUGGUAUCUCCUGGCAUAUCAACAUCCACACAUUUUUUGUUAAUAAACUUUUCUUAACAGUGUUGAGAGGAUAGAUAGAAUUUGGUCUUCUCUCUGGCGACAGCUUUAUUACUGUCUGUUUCAAAUUGUAUUUUCCAUAAUGGAUCGAAGUGCAGAUAUGAAUACAGUGGAUGGUAGGAAGCACCACAGAGUAGAAUCUGGGCCCAUUAGAAAGAGCAGAUGGAGUGUGAAUUAUUUGUAAUCUGAGCUCUCUCAAAUGACUGCCAAAACUGAAAAAAGACUAUGUUCCCCCCGUGCCUUACUGUAGACCUGGAGACUAUUGCCAUAGUAACGGGAAGCGCCUUUUGGUGUCAGGCUGGUGGGGCCUCGUCCGCCACCCUAACUACUUAGGAGAC